UCCGUCUGGCUGAGGGACAGAGGGGAUCACUCUCACCACAUUUAUUCCCUAUCUUACGUUCUCUCUUUGAUAAUACUGGAAAUUUGACUUAGAUAUUGAAGUGAUAUACCUUCACGGUUGUAUAUAUUAUAGAAGUGGCAGGGGUAGUGUUGAGCGUGAGGUGUAAUAGCGGGUACAAGCCAAGAACAUGAAUAGGAGACCUCACUGUAGGUGACAGAUGGCCCUGGGAUGGAACACUGUGUUACUGACUGCAGAGUUUUAAGUUUAUCCUUCAGUCAUUACUUGUGAAUUAUUAGUGACAUUUUUCAUAUAUGCAAUGUUAAUAAACAUUUUCGGUGAAAGGAAUCUUGAGUGGAUUCUGUUUUAAAUAGAGUGACUUAUAUUCCUGAGUGUUUUUAAGAACAUGUUUUCAGGAGAAUGCUGACGCCACACAACCUCGAGCAAUUCAUAGUAAAAGGGAAAGAAAGUCCAGUGUGUACAAAGUGGUAAACUAGAGAUUUUGUAAGUGCCUUGAUAUGCAAUACUUUUAAAUAUCCACAAUGGAACAAAACAAGAAUGCUGUACGUAUGCAGGACUUGUUUACAUGCAUCGUUUGCAAUGCCCACACAUUGGACAGACUCGGUUACAUUACGCACAUAUUGGGUAAACGACAUCGGAAGAACCUCACGAAUAGGAAUCUGCCACAAGCGAAUGAUGAAGGAAGCCGAACCAUCCAAGUAACAGGUUUUAACCAAAGGACUAGUGCUGAGACUAUGGUGGGAAUCUUUUUUUCUUAUGGCGUACGUAACAUCACCCACAACUACAACUCCUGUACCAUCGAGUUUCAUACUGCGGACGUAGUUAAGGAUAUUCUGAAGAAGACUUUUUACCAAGGAAAGAACCGGUUACAAGUGACAGCCAAACACUCGAGGAAGCCGAGCAGGGGCCCAGGCAGCAGAAGCAUCAAACUAAGCCAGACCCUACAAAGGCUUCUACAGACGAAGGCAACAGGAAAGGAGCUGGACAUAUUCAUUAAUUCCUUGAUCACCGAGAUUGAGCUGAAGCCUGACGAUUAUCGGAAGCGAGAACACCUCAGAAAGAACAUAGUGCAGUUCUUGAUGCAUCUUUUUCCAUGUGUAUUUGGAUAUGUAUUUGGAUCAUCAGCAAACAACUUAGGUUUCAAGGGCUGUGACGUUGAUAUGUAUGUUGACCUUGGUAUAAAUCCAUGGGCACCGGGUUUAAGCAAAGUUGAGUCGGAAUGCAAAGCGAGUGACAUUACAUUUUAUUUGUCGCGAGAGAUCAGGCAAUCAGGAAUUGGUACCAAGGUUCAACCUGUUGCUAGGGCACGUGUUCCUAUUGUAAAAUUUGAGGACACUAGCACUCGAUUGAUGGUGGACCUCUCUUUUCGACAUGGUAUGCCUGUGUACAACACUCACCUCAUUUCUCAGUAUUCACUUGCACACCCUCUGGUCCGGCCUUACCUGAUGCUCAUCAGAUACUGGGCCAAAAUCCAGGAUGUGGCAGGUGGGGGGCAGCCAUCAUAUCUCAUUACUAAUUAUGCUUUAACCAUGCUAAUGCUCUUCAAUCUUAUGACAAGAGAUGAUCCAAUAAUUCCAUCCGUAUCAUAUCUCAAGAACAACCGGGGACCACAUUAUAAUGAGGUUAUCAUUGGUGGCUGGGAUUGUGGCUAUAACCAAAAUAUGGAAGACUGGACUAGCAGAAAACACAAUGUGACUGUCAUGGAGCUUGUGGCAGAAUUCUUCACCUACUUUGAGAAAUUGGAUGCCUCAAGGUGGGUUAUAAGUCCACUUGCUGGGGAGCUGAUAGAGAAGAAACUUCUCCUAAAAGGAGACAUGAAAAGUCUUCCCCAAUGUCAGAUAUGGUAUUGUCGACAAAAAACUUGCCUUCAGAUGGACACUGCACUGUGCCUACAGGAUCCAUUUGAGCACAGUCAUAACUGCACCAGAGGACUAAAAAAAGGUCCUCUUACAGAAUUUCAGUACAAAUGCAAAAGAGCUGCGGAAAUAUGUACGAAUAUAAUAAAAGGACAGCAGCCAUUAAGUGACUUUCUUAGCACAAUUGAGAUUACACAGGAUGUACUUAAAGAGAUUUGCUCAAAUGAUUCCCCUAAAGAAUUGGAUCAGUCUGUUGAAGAGGUCAUAACUCUUGGUGACUCUGACGAUGGUUCUCAGGAUUCAAUCAAAAUUUUAAAUUCUUCUGAAAAGAGGAACAAAAAGCACACAGUCUCAAAAACCAAAGGCAUCCCAACAUUAACAAAGGCCAAUAAGCAAAAGGAAAUUAUGGCUGGUGUAGAGGAUGUAAUAGUGGUGCUGUCAGGAGAAUCACGAGAAGUGAUGACAAAAAAUCCAGAUAUUACUUGCACAUCUGAGGAAAAACCUGCAGGGGCAAAUGGACUGGGUGAGUUGAAGGACUUAUGUGAUGAGGUGUCAUUAAUGUUGCCUGAGAGUGUUGCAGAGAAGAAAAUCCACAAGUUCCCUUUAGAAUUUUUGGAAAUUCCAGAUUUUAAUAUUACCUUUGAUGGUGCAGUGUCUGGUGGAAAGAGUGUAAUGACAGCUGCAGAUGACAUAGGACAGGCUGCUUGUUCUAUAGUGCACUUUACCUUGCAACAGUGUUUGAAAAUUGAUGUGUCUGUAAUUGAGUCCUUUACUGGGAGCAAGAAGAGGAAAUCCAUCAUACAGGACGAUGACAAUGAAACAGGGAAACGCAUAAAGGGAGUCGAUGGAGAAAGUGUGCCAGUAGUUACACAGUAUCACAGGUUAGCACAGUACCAGUGUGUAGCUGUGUCUCAGCUGUGGGUUGGAAGAAAGAAAAUUUCCAAGAGAGUUCCAAAGAAGAUCAACUUUACUCCUCUUCAGUACGAACUUGCUGUCACAGAAGCCCAGGUUAGUGCUAAUGAAAUGAUGGUUAAUUCAGACUCUACAGCCAAUUCAGACAAGUUGGACUUUAUGAUUGAACUAUGGCAGAAAUGUGACGAAGCGAGUGACAUUUUAGUGACCGGAGAAUCGAGAUCAGAUGUGAAAGUAACCCGCGGUCAGAUGAUUCCAAUGUUUUACUAUCUCGGGUCACUGUGUCAGUCUCUCCUGAGGAAAGUUAAACAGUUUGUUAUUACUACAUCAUCAAAAAGAUAGUGACUGCAUCAGAAUAUUUUAAUUUCUUUGAAAUGUAGGUGUGUUUAUCAUACAAUAUUUAAUUUUUCACUUUUUUUAAGUAUACUCAUGAUGUUAAAGUGUUGUGGAGCAGUGCUCUCUAGAUUAAAUUGAGUAUACUGUACUGUAUACAGUACCUUAUAUGUGAAAUAGAACAGAAAAAACAGUCUGCAAUCACACAUACCACUUCAGUAAUGAUGAAAUAAACAGCAGAUGAAAGUUUAUAUGAAGUACUGUAGUAAAUAUGUCAGUGUGAAACUUUGAUAACUCUAUUGUUGAGUUUGAACAUUUACCACACUAUGAGAAAAUUUUAUUUCUCUUAUUAUUUUAUCGUGUACGGAUGUUUCAUUUUUGUGAUUAAGUCGAGUUUGUAGUAGGAAUAACGAUUAAACUUGAUAUCUUAGGUGCAAUAGUGAAUAAGCAAAAAAGUGAAUGUUUGUAAUAAGUACAAGGCACAUCUUUCUAUUAUUAAGAAAGGAUAUUUAUUAUGAAGGAAUAUACCUGUAUAUUACAGAACAGUAGUUUGGAAAGAUACAAAAAGAUGAUUUCAGAUUUAGAUUAUUUCAUAAUAUCUGAGAAGCUUUUUAUCAUAAAGACAUCACUAACCAGAGGUGUGAAUUUAGAAAGAAAUUUUUUUUUUAUGAAAUGUGAUCAUUUCAACCAUUGUACAGUCGAGGACAAAAGUUCGCUCUCCGCGGUGAAACUGAAUCACGGGAAUGAGUCUCCGAACUUUAUUUACCCUGACGUUAUCUGGUGCGGGUGUGCUGUUUUAUUUCACUUGGGCUCGAUACUGCUUCAUUUUGGGAGGGAGCAAACUUUUGACCCUGACUGUACAUGGUGAUUAUCUGAAAGCAAACCAGCACUGUGUCUUUUUAUUUGUUCUAAUAUUUUAAUACAUUGUUUAAUUUUAAAUCUAUGUACAAGUAUAUGAAAGAUAAGGUGGAUAACAGCAGUUUGUAAGAUUAGUACAUAGUAAGAUCUCAUCUUUGGGGUUGUGUACAUUGCAUAUGUCAUGAAAUAUUGGAUUGUUGAUACAUUAAAACUAUGACUGUAAUUAAAAUAUGAUUAUAGAUAUUUUGAAAUAUUAAUACAUCCAUGUGUUAAGUGAUAUUUGUGGGUAGACAAAGAGCCAAGAUGUUUACCAGUAUCAGUGGCAACAGAAUCCAAAAGACAGUUUGGUGUCCAUAAUUAGAGACAGGCGGAGUGCUUAGCUGUGGUGCGUGUAAAGCCACUUACAGUACUCUUCAUAUGUAAAAGCCCUGGGUUAGCUGACCCUUUUCUCUCAGUAAAUGCCAACUCUUUAAAAUUUAGAGGAGCUGGGAAGGAUGUUAACUUAAGUUAGGAUUUGCAAGUGAUGUAAUACGCUGGUUAAGUUGAAGGUAUUCACUUGUAUAUUGCUCUCAACAUUUUUUAUUUAUUUAAUAUAUUGACACUUUUAUUUUUGCCAAAAUAAUCCUCCAACUUAGCAUGUUAACUUGGAAUAGUUAUAAUUGUUAUCUUGUUAUUGUGUGAAGUGGAGCUUUGAUGUUCUUCAUGUAACCUGAGUGUUUGAUGUAACCUGAGUGUUACUCUGCCUUUGUCAAAUGUCUAAUGCUUGUUUUCAUGGAUUGUUGUGAUUUUUAUCAGAGCUUGGCUGGUAAAUAAGAGGCACUCACAUCCUGGCUUGGGUUUGUCAUAAAAUACGUAGUAUGGGAAUAUGAGAGGCUUCCACUCUUGAUUAGUAUGGAUGCUUCAUUAAAACUUGAGUUUUAUGUAAAUUAGAUUGAUCCAACACCACACUGUACUGUUUUAUAGAGUUCUUAGUAGUUUCUUUGUUAUUAGUGUAAAAGUUUGUUACUUUAUGUUUUCAAGUAAAGGGUGGGGCCAGGACCUACAUGGGAAAGGAUCUUGCAAGCUGGUGAUAUAAAGUGGCAAUACUUAAGGUAGAGAGGAACUGAGUAAUCCAGAUUGAUAAGACUUGGCAGAGGAUUAUCCUAAUUGUUGGUCCAGAGUGGGAAAAUUAGGCAAGACCUUGAGUCAGUCAUCUGAAACAUUAAAGAGUUCUGCAUUAUUGCCCAAAUUAUAUAUUUUACUAUAGCAUAAGUGUUAUACAGUAUAUAAGGCAUCUUAGGAAGUGUUAGUUAAGACUGAAUCAUCAGCAGUGAGUGUAGCACAUAGAAGAAAACUUUACAUAUUUCUUAAAAUUGUAUUGUUGAUCAGGGAAGUCAAUACAUUUGGUUCCCAUUAUUUGUCUGGGCUUCAUCCUAAAUAAAUAGGGAUUAAUGCUGAAUGUCUAAUAGUGGGAAAUUUUCCCUCUUAAAGAGUUCAUGGAAUAAGGGGUAUUGAUGUAACUAUUCAUCGCUAACAUUGCUCAUUUGAUGAAAUUUGGGGAAAUUUUCUGUCAUAAGAAAUAAAAUACCGUAAUAAGGUUAGGUUACAUUCCAAGUCAUCGACACUGUACCAAUUGCCGUACCUUUACACUAUACGUAUAGUUUAAUAUAUGCUGAACUUUACCUAAUCCUAAUUCAAAGGACAUAAUAACAAAUAAAGAUUUAAUUUAAAGUACAGUCGACCCUCGUUAAAACGGACUAAAAGGGGGGGAAGGGUGUCCGUUUUAGCCGAUUGUCCGAAUUUACCGAUUUAGGGGUUAAUAUUGCAUUACAUUUCAAAGAAAAUGCAGUGAGUUUGUCCUUAGCCUUGCGUAUGUCCGAAACCGUUUGCUUUUUAACAACACACUCGUCACAAACUCUAGCCACCGAAGCACCAGCCUCUAACUUCCUUAUAAGUUCCAGUUUCUGGUUCACAGAAAGGGUCACAUGCUUCCUCUUCGGCGUAUUACUCCCCCUUGAAGACAUGAUGUAAAAUACAAGGCUGAAAGAUGCCUAAUCACUGAAAUAUCAACGAAAAUUGCAGGGCAACACAACACUGAUACUCGAAUAUGGCGCUAAGUCAACAAUGACUGGCGGUCUGGCGCGUGCGCGCCAUCUAUCAGACAAUCCCAGAGCCAGAAAUUUGAUACGGACAGUCCCUCGCUUAGUUCAGAAUUUGUCUGAAUUAUCCAAAAUCCGGAUUAAAGGGGUCCGAAUUAACGAGGGUCGACUGUAUAUACAUAUCAUCAUUAACCCUUAGGCUCCGGUUGACGUUCCAGAACGUCCGCCUAUUUUCCCUCCAGUUUUUAUUUAUUUAUUUUGUUAUUAUUUUUUUAAUUAAUUUUGGAAAUGUUGAUUUUUUUUAUUGAUUUAACCCUGCGUGGGGGGUACUGCCAGCAGCACCCUAACCCGGGGCUUAAGGGUUAAGAAAUUCAAAAAGUGCUAAAGGCAAACAAGAACUGCACUGGUGCAUAACUAGACACAGGACAGAGUAAGAUGGUGUGAUGGUUCAUAACUAGACACAGAUGGUGUGAUGGUUCAUAACUAGACACAGAUGGUGUGAUGGUUCAUAACUAAACACAGAUGGUGCGAUGGUUCAUAACUAGACACAGAUGGUGCGAUGGUUCAUAACUAGACACAGAUGGUGUGAUGGUUCAUAACUAGACACAGAUGGUGCGAUGGUUCAUAACUAGACACAGAUGGUGUGAUGGUUCAUAACUAAACACAGAUGGUGCGAUGGUUCAUAACUAGACACAGAUGGUGCGAUGGUUCAUAACUAGACACAGAUGGUGUGAUGGUUCAUAACUAGACACAGAUGGUGCGAUGGUUCAUAACUAGACACAGAUGGUGUGAUGGUUCAUAACUAAACACAGAUGGUGCGAUGGUUCAUAACUAGACACAGAUGGUGCGAUGGUUCAUAGCUAGACACAGAUGGUGCGAUGGUUCAUAACUAAACACAGAUGGUGCGAUGGUUCAUAACUAGACACAGAUGGUGCGAUGGUUCAUAGCUAGACACAGAUGGUGCGAUGGUUCAUAGCUAGACACAGAUGGUGCGAUGGUUGAUAACUAGACACAGAUGGUGCGAUGGUUCAUGACUGGACUUAAGAUGGCCGUUGGUUUAUAACUAGACACAGAUGGUGCGAUGGUUCAUAGCUAGACACAGAUAGUGCGAUGGUUCUCUUUUAUAUCUAACUACACUGUAUACAUAACAAGUACAAAUAUUUACUGUAUCAACAUAGUAUUUUCUUCCUUAGUUUAAACCUCAAAAUUUGACCCAGAAUACACAAAAUAGACGAAAAAUGAUGAUAAUACUCUAUAAGUAGCAUAAGUGUUGACUAAUUACUCCACCAUGGCACGUAGUUAAAACAGCAAAAGAGUGGGACAUAAAUGAUUGGUGAAGGCAAUUUAUUCCCUCAUUGAUGACCGACAAAUAUGUGAAACGAGGAAUAAAGGAGAGACGAUUAAUGGGGACCAAUUGUACUGAUGACUUGUUGUGUACAGGUAUUUCAUAUUUAACAUUGAUGACUUCAUACAAUACAGUAAGCCCUUGCUAUUUGUGGGGGUUAGGUUCCAAGGAAUGGUGCAAAUUGGUAAAACUGCAAAUUGCAACUUAUACUGACUCAGUCCACGACUGUAUACCUAUAUUGUGUAUGAGAAACUUAAGUCACCAAUACUACUUUCCUUCAUAUGUGGACGUUUGCUUGAAGAAGUGUACUGUAUAGUAGGAUUAAAUCUGGUUACUGAAGCAUAGGGAGAUCAUCAAGAUCACUGUUGGAAGAUGGUGAGGCAGUGGUGGUUGGUGGCGAGGAGGUGGGUGGUGGAGUGGCGGCAGCAGCUGACCGAGUAAGUGAGGGACACGAAUCAGCUGGGAAAACGAUUGGUUCCUUCUUGAAAAACAUUGUGAUUGAUAGUUGUUACCUCUCAGCAUUGCGGUCUCUCAACGUUUCACUCCACUAGCACUUGGCAGUCUUUUAGGGGCCAUUUCACACAGAAACACAACAAUUUUGAGUACAACACAAAAGAUGCUGCAUCACAGGCAAUGGUUGAGCGCAAACAAAGGGAGAGAAGAUGCUGUGGGCGUGUGGGGGGUGGCUCGUUGCGCUGCGGGAGAGGCUCAUAAGCUAGCCACCAUCUGUUUAUUGCGAAUAGUCCAAAGAGUGAAUCACAAACCCGCAAAUAGCAAGGGUUUACUGUACUACUAUUGCGUUAUGUGAAAGAGAAUCUUGUUUUUGUUUAUCAUCUUUUAUUUUUAUUAAUAAGAGUUACAAGCUUUCUUGGGUGAGUUUAUAUUUACUGUACUGUACUAUACUGUACUGUAUAUGUAAAGAUCAAGUGUACUAUCAUAUCUUGUACUUUGUGCUGAAUUGACUGUCAAAAGGGCUGAAAAGGAAAAAUUCAAAUAAGGUCAAGGAAUAAUAUUUUUCAAUAGUUUCAAUGGAUGUGUAAAAUAUUGAAACUUUACACAACCUAGCUUUUGAACACCUAAGUGAUGGUAACUUUAAAAUCAAUCUGGAAUUGGUAUUUCCUCCUUCUCUGUCUUUUAAGCACAAAUAUAAAAGAAAAACUAUUGGCCAGUAAUAAAUGUUUUUGUUAAGUUUGGUACUGUACUGUAUAUGGCUUUAUGAUGUCUUCAGCACUGUGCUGCAUUUCAACGCAAAAGUCAUGGGAAUAAUUUAAAAUUUUAUAAAGUACAGUACUGUUUAUCAUGUUCUGAUGUACAAGACAAAUGUUUAUUUUGAACUACAUGUAAGCUAGAAGAAAAAAUGAUAGUUAAUUUUAGUUAUACUGUAGUUCUGAACCAACUACUGAAGAUAUUUUAACUUUAUUAAGGUGGUUGUGAUAUCUGUCAAUACAGUACUAAUGACAUUUGGUACAGUCACAGCGAGUGGCACCUUCUCUGUUGUGAAGGAGUGAGGGUGUCAAGUUGUACAUUAUAGAUAUUACAGUACUGUACUCUUGACGAGAAACAUAUUUACUUCUGUCUGCUUUCACCUUUGGUACUUACCAUUUGCUUUAUUAUAUUCCCUUAUGCAAAUACUGUUCAUAGUAGUAUUCUAUACUGUCCUUGCAUUUUGCCACCUGACUUAUUUUGUUUCUAAUUAAGAAUACACAUUUAUUGCUUCCUUCUCUUAUCUUUCUCCUCAUAGUUACUUAUUCAUCAUUUUAUGCCCCAUAGUUCCCUUCCACUUAUUUGCUUCCUUCUUUAUACAGUAGUUUUAUCAUUAGCUUCUUUAUAAUUUCUUUCUUUAGCCUCUUCAUCAGUUCUUUCAACUUUAUUUUCUUCUACAAUAUUUACUUCCUCAUCAUUCCCUUUAUUUAUUUAUUUUAUUUUUUAUCUUGCAUUACAGUUUUUCUUAUUACACAUCAAAUUUGGUCUUAAUAUUUUUAAUUUUCCACUUUACAUUAAGUUUUAAUAUAUUGUACUGUAUUUGUUAUUGCCUCUUGAUGUCUUUUCUGCUACUUUUUCUGUCGUGGUGUUUCUUGGUCCUGUCUGUAGUGAUGUAUGUCCAUUCGGUGGGCCUCUACAUAUACAGCACUGUCACUAUAUCCUUCCCAAUUCUUUUUUAUAUUUUUACAUGUAUUACUUCUCCUGUUUGUGUUAGUUUUACAUUUGUGUUGAGUUAUAUGUAUGAGUCUUGUUGCUUUUGUUUUGCAGAUCCAAUGAAGAAUCUGAUUUUUCA